AUGCCAUCUGCUAGUCCGGUACAGGCAGGACCCAAUAUAGCAUACUUGAUAAUCUCUAGUUUUCUGGCUGCCACGUUGGGAUUCUGGUGCUUUUGGGCCUCGAAGCCGUGGUCUUUCAGUCUCAUCAAUGGCAGAAAGUUUUGGGAGAUCACCAAUGCUCGCGCCAAGAAGGACUUCAUGCUUAGAGCUAGAAGCCUGAUCGCCAAUGGCCUUCAGCGAUAUCCUGGACGACCAUUUCGUAUUAUGGCCGACGUAGGUGAAGUGUUGAUUCUCCCACCCAAGUACGCCUAUGAGAUCCGCAAUCAUGAUGAUCUCAGCUUCACCAAAGCAGCUUUUAAAUGGUUCUAUGCACACCUUCCAGGCUUUGAAGGAUUCAGAGAAGGAACGAGCGAAAGCCAUCUUAUGAAACUUGUUGCCAGGCACCAACUCACACAUCAAUUAAUGCUGGUAACCGAACCAGUUUCCGAGGAGUGCACUUUAGCCCUUCAAGAGAUUUACACUGACAGUGAAGAAUGGCAUGAGGUUGUCGCCAAGACCGCCAACCUACAGCUCAUGGCACGAGUGACAUCUCGCGUGUUCCUGGGGGUGGGGCUUUGUCGGAACGCGCAGUGGCUUCGGAUCACGACGACAUACGCAGUCAUCGCUUUUAAAGCGGUGGAAGAGCUUCGUUUUUGGCCAUUUUGGUUACGUUCAACAGUCCAAUGGUUUUUACCACAGUGCACGGCGGCUCGCGCGCUUGUGGACGAAGCCAGAGCCCUGAUCAAUCCCCUUCUCGCGCAAAGACGUGCGGAAAAGGCCGAAGCAGCCCGACGAGGGGAAAAAUGUGAGUACAAUGACGCUAUAGAGUGGUUGGAACAGACCGCCCAGGACAAACAGGUACACUAUGACCCAGCUUGUGCACAGCUUUCGCUCUCUGUGGCAGCACUGCAUAGCACUACCGACUUUUUUACCCAGGUCAUGUUGGAUAUUGCCAGCCAUCCUAAGCUUGUCACAGCACUUCGGGAAGAAAUCAUCUCGGUGCUAGGCCCGGGAGGUUGGUCGAAGCAAUCUUUGUAUAAGCUUAAGCUUAUGGAUAGCGUGCUCAAGGAGAGUCAACGCCUCAAACCCAUCUCAAUCGCGAGCAUGCGACGUAUGACGACCGCAAAUGUGAAACUGUCAGACGGUACCAUUCUGCCAAAGAACCAUCUAACCCUUGUUUCUUCCCACAUGCAUUGGGACCCCGAGUCUUACGUAGAACCGGAAAGGUUUGAUGGUUAUCGUUUCUAUAAUAUGCGUCAGCAGCCAGGGAAAGAAAACAAAUCUCAGCUUGUGAGCGUGAGCCCGGAUCACAUGGGCUUUGGGUUCGGACUCCAUGCUUGUCCUGGCAGAUUUUUCGCCUCAGAAGAGAUCAAACUCGCUAUGUGCCAUAUUCUGAUGAAGUAUGAUUUCAAGGCAGUUGCUGGAUCAGAUAUGGAGCCCCGAGUUCUGACUUCUGAGCAGAUCUCGGCCGAGAAGACGCAAUUGCUUCAGUUUUCUGGCCAAUCUAAAUAUCCCCAUCAGCCAUUUCGGCUUUUGACGGAUUGGGGCGAAGUAAUUAUAUUACCGCCGGAGUUCGCCGACGAAAUUCGGAAUGACCCAAGGCUCAGCUUUGGAGAGGCUGCUAUGCAGGACAACCACGCAGGCAUCCCGGGCUUCGAGACUGUUCGUCUCGUCGGUAGGACUGACCAACUCAUCCAAACCGUUGCCCGAAAGCACUUGACCAAGCAUUUGUCUAUGGUGAUUGAGCCUCUAUCGAUGGAGACAGCAUUGGCAGUCUCGUUGAACUUUGGGGAAUCUCCUGGGUGGACCCAAGUGCGGAUUAAGCCGGCUAUCCUAGAUAUCAUCGCCCGGAUCUCGUCACGCAUUUACCUUGGGGAGCAGUUGUGUCGAAAUGAAGAGUGGCUUCGGAUCACAAAGACUUACACAACCAACUUCUAUACUGCUUCAACAAACCUUCGGAUGUUUCCGAAGUCAACACGUUUCCUAGCUCACUGGUUUUUGCCAGAUUGUCGAAAGCUUCGGUUUGAGCUCAACGAUGCAAGGCGAAUCAUCAUGCCUCUGGUUCAGCGGCGAAAUCAGAUCAGACAAGAGGCUGCUGCUGCUGGUUUGUCAAUUCCUCGCUUCAAUGAUGCAAUUGAUUGGGCAGAACAGGAAGCCACAGCUACAGGCACGAGUUUUGAUCCAGCGAUAUUCCAGUUGACCUUGUCCCUCUUAGCAAUACAUACUACCUAUGACCUCUUACAGCAGACAAUGAUCGACCUUGCCCAAAAUCCCGAGUAUAUUGAGCCGAUCCGCAGGGAAGUCAUCGACGCUCUUCUUGCUGAUGGCUGGAAGAAAACUUCGCUCUACAAGAUGAAACUUCUCGAUAGCGCCAUCAAAGAGACACAGCGAAUGAAGCCUGGCAGUAUAGUGACGAUGCGACGACGUGUCAUGGAAGACAUCAAGCUAUCUAAUGGUCUUGUUCUGAAGAAAGGAGCCCGCAUAAAUGUGGACAACCGCCGUAUGGAUGAUCCCGCGGUUUACAAGGACCCCCAGCUUUACAACCCGUAUCGGUUCUUCGAGAUGCGAUUGGAGCCUGGCAAAGAGCAUAUGGCGCAAUUGGUAUCCACAAAUUCAACCCAUCUCGGGUUUGGUCAUGGGGAACACUCGUGCCCCGGGCGGUUUUUUGCAGCGAAUGAGAUCAAGGUAGCACUUUGCCAUAUCUUGGUUAAGUACGACUGGAGGCUGGCUCCGGAGACGGAUGUCUCGCCAGACAGGAAGGGUAUGCUCGUAAAAUCAAGUGCAGGGACCGACAUCCUAAUUCGACGGCGUGAUAAUCUGGACAUCAAAUUGGGUAUGUUGUAG